GCAGAGGCAGAGAGGAGGACACACACAGCGGAGGAGCGAGGCGUCGACAGCGGAGAGGAGGAAGGGCGGAACGAUGCGGCCGAAAGACCCACCAAAACGGCGAAAAUCGCCCGAAAACUCGACGCUGGCCGCGGCAGAUGACGGCGGAUAGCCUCGGCCUGGGAAAUGGGGGUUCCCUUGAUGUUUCUCAAAUUGCGUCAAAGAAGAAAGGAGAUAAUCUGACCCAAGCUAAAUGGGUUGACAUGUAGCCACCGUGGGGCCGUGAAUUGAAGGACUCAAGUGAUUCACACCGCAAUGGGGACUUCGGAGACAUGACGGGUGUGAACAUUUUUGAAAUUUGAAGAACAAGAAGACAGCUCUACCCCAUUCAACUGGAUAUUGCUGAAGUGGAGACAGCGUUGUUUAACGUGAAGAUUUCAAGUGAUUUGGCAGUUAGCCAAAUUUUGACAAGAUGAAACCGUUUUCUGACUGGACUUUGGCGUUUGGACUUUUUUUUUUUUUUACGACAACAUGGACACUGGAACACUGUUGCUGGCUGUAUAGUGGACUUGUUGAAAAAUGACAUUGUUGUUUUUGGGAAACCCAAAAUCCGCCUUUGUACAUUUGAUUUUCAAAUGUUGUUUUUAAAUAAAGUGUAUGUCCUCGUAUUUUUCCUGGCUUUGUUUCAUUAGCUAAUUAACCAGCAAAUCACAAGAAGAUAUUUGGCGUUUUAUAUUUUGAUAACGUUGAAGUCCAUUAGCUCGGCUGUUGAUUUAAACAUUUCAAAUAUCUAUACAACAAACUAUUGCACUUACUGUCACUUAUCAACAAGGUUUGCCCAUUUAAUUUAUAAGCUAGCUAAGUGUUCAAACUUCGUACUGGGUUGAUGAAUCUCACGAAGUAAUGCUCUCUGUUUCGGGUGUUGCUAUACAAAGGAGAUUCACAUUCGAUUGAUGAGCUAAAGGGGAAAAAGGUUGAUGAAAAUGCACCCUUGUGCUUUGUUAAAUCUCAACUUAAUCAAAACAGUUGGCACUUAUGUUUGUAAGAUACACUGACAGUAAUUUAAAAAAAGGCUUUUGGUCAGAACACAAUGGUUUCUAAAGGCUCUCUAAAAUGGCUCCUGGUUGACCUCCUUCCUGUCCUGCAGGAAGUGAUGCAAUUGCUGCAGAAUAAUUACACACUAUUUUUUUUAUUUUUUAUUUACAGCCUCUCGGUAUUCUUACAUUUUAUUAAGUGGGAAGAAAUGUUUCAACUUAAAAGCUUCUGACCUAAAGGCUGAACACAUAUAUACAAGUUUUAUUUUCACUAAAGUAAAAUUUAAACAUAAUAAAAGGGGUGGGACUUAUACAUCACCUGAGUGUGGUGUAAAUGGAAAUAACGUCAAUCAAAGGCAAAGCUUUCAGAGCUAGGAAGGAGCUCUAGAUGGCGGCUGAGCCUUGGGAAGGGUGCCAUGGGCUUUCGUCAGACCGUUUCUCUUGCCCGUUUUUCGACCGCUACCGCUCGUUUCUGACUAAAAAUCAAGAGAUUUGACCGUACGAUCGGUGUUUUAACGGGAAUUUGUGCGUUUUGUGUGGUUUUUGUGCUGUUUUUCCGAGCCGAAUGAGCCGUCUGUGUGCUGGGGAGUGCUUGUCGUUGUUUUCCAUACUGGGCUCUGGCAGCCAUGGCGCGCCUCCAUUUUUUAGUGUGCUGCUCGCGUCUGUCGCUCUUGAGUCUUGACAGUAGAUGAAGGACUUUAGAGGCCUGCAAGCUUUUUUGAAACAAAGCUCCUUAUUUUUUUGUAAUUUAUUGUUGUGGUGUUUCUUUCUUUUUUUUACUGCUGAUUUUUAUUCGAGUCGGAUAAAAGCCUGUGAUACAAAAAGCGAACGUGAAUCUUAAUAGUUCAUUUAUAGGUUAGCACCUUUUCUUCACAUUGAAUCGCUCUGUUUACAUUGUAUAGAGCAUUAUUUACCGAUUCUGUUAUUCUUAAAGCUCAUUUUUCUAAUCCUUCAUCCGAUGACGCAGUUACAAUUAAUUGCAUGCGUCUUGAUCCGUGGACUAUAUUGAAAGACACAGGCCUAAGUUGGACAUUUGACUUGCUUGUAUCUGCACCUGUCAUUUUUCUUCGCUAUAUUUUACAUUAGCGAUGUAAAUAAUGAUCCUCAGAUCUGUCGAUUUAAUGCCCUUUUUUCCCAACUCGUGUCGCACCGCCUGGGUUUUAACUGCCACCCGAGCAGAGGCAGUCUAGUGGGACUUGUAUGAUAGUUCAUGCUUCCUCUAACUUUUUGACAGUAAAUACCAGGACAAAAGAUCACCCCAUCAAAGAUUUUCAGGAUAAUACGAUGAUGAAGAAUAAAAGUAAAAAGCAAGAGGAUGAAGGAUCGACUCAGAGCAAUGCAUCAAGCAAUUCAGCUUCAGAGGAAUCCAACCGAUCUGCAUCGGAGUCCGGAAGUCAGUCAGAGAGCGAGCAUGGCAGCGAGAGGAGGAGAUCCCACAACUCCGAGUCAAACAGCUCCUCAGAGUCAGAGAGUCACUCAGAGUCAGAGAGCGAGUCUGCAGAGUCCAAAUCACAGCAAACCACAGCAGAAGUCAAAGACAAACCAGUUAGGAAGAAGGAGCGUCUGGCAGAUGUGAAGAAGAUGUGGGACGAACAUCCAGACGUGUAUGGGGUUAGGAGGUCAAAUCGCAGUAGACAGGAGCCGGCUCGUUUAAACAUUGGAGCUGGGGGUAGCAGUGAGUCUGAGAGUGAAAGUCCGAAGAGAAAAACACCACGAGCCAAGAAAAAAGAAAAUAUCUGGAAAGAUGAUGACUCAAAUGAUGAAGAGGAGGAGGAGGAGGAGGCUACCGACAUUACAGACAGUGAGCAGGAAGAGAAAAAAGUUAGAUCCAGACGACUUCCUGCUAGAAGACCUCAGACCAAAUCAGCAGUCAAAAAGCAGCUGUCCCAAAAGGGAAGGAAGUCCAGGAAGCAGGACUCAUCCGCUGAAGAAGAUGAUGACGAGGAAGAUGACGAGGAUGAUGAGGAUGAUGAGGAAGACACUCCCAAGAGACAGACUCGAAGAAGGGGCGCAACCAAAGUCAAAAGUUAUAAAGAGGACCAACAUGACUUUGAAACCGACUCUGACGACUUGAUUGAAAUGACGGGAGAAGCAGGCGAGGAGCAGCAGGAUGAUGACAGUGAGACCAUUGAGAGGGUUAUGGACACAAGGACAGGCAAAAAAGGAGCCACUGGGGCUUCUACUACUGUGUAUGCUGUGGAGGAAAGCGGGGACCCGAGUGAAGGCUUUGACCCCGAGAAAGAUGAGGGAGAGGCUCAGUAUCUGAUUAAGUGGAAGGGCUGGUCCUACAUCCACAACACGUGGGAGAGCAUGGACUCUCUGACGCAGCAGAAGGUCAAGGGACUAAAGAAACUAGACAACUAUAAGAAGAAACACGAAGAGCUAACUUCAUGGUUGAACAAGGCGUCCCCUGAGGAUAUAGAAUUUCAUAACUGCCAACAGGAGCUCACUGCUGACUUGAGCAAGCAGUUUCAUUUUGUGGAGCGCGUUAUCGCAACAAAGACAGGAAAGACACCAGGAUCCUCUGACUUCCCCUCUCACAGUCAUAAGACAUCAUCCUCCAAUGAGCCAGAGUAUCUAUGCAAGUGGAUGGGCUUGCCCUAUUCAGAGUGCAGCUGGGAAGAUGGAGCUUUGGUUAGAAAGAAGUUUCAGCCCUGCAUUGACAGCUUCAUGAACAGAAACUCCUGUAAAACCGUCCCCUCUAAAGACUGCAAGGUGUUAAAGCAAAGACCGAGGUUCGUUGCUCUGAAGAAACAACCACCAUAUAUUGGAGAUGAGAACCUUCAGCUGAGAGAUUAUCAGCUGGAUGGGUUGAACUGGUUGGCCCACUCCUGGUGCAGGUGUAACAGUGUUAUCCUCGCUGAUGAGAUGGGGCUCGGAAAGACCAUCCAGACCAUCUCCUUCCUGUCCUACAUGUUUCACCAGCACCAGCUGUACGGGCCCUUCCUACUGGUGGUGCCUCUGUCCACGCUCACCUCCUGGCAGAGGGAGUUCGACACCUGGGCCCCGGACAUGAACGUGGUGGUCUACCUCGGUGACGUCAUGAGCAGGAAAACAAUCCGUGACUACGAGUGGGUGAACCAUCAAACGAAAAGAAUCCGUUUCAAUGCACUAUUAACCACGUAUGAAAUUCUACUUAAAGACAAGGGCGUGCUUGGGAACAUCAACUGGGCGUUCCUGGGCGUGGAUGAGGCUCACAGGCUGAAGAAUGAUGACUCCCUGCUGUACAAAUCGUUAAUGGAGUUCAGGUCCAACCACAGACUCCUCAUUACUGGCACUCCGCUGCAGAACUCCCUCAAAGAGCUCUGGUCACUGUUGCACUUCCUCAUGCCUGACAAGUUUGAUUCCUGGGAGGAUUUUGAGGACGAACACGGGAAAGGAAGGGAUAAUGGUUAUCAGAGUCUUCACAAAGUCCUAGAACCCUUCCUUCUGCGACGUGUCAAGAAAGACGUGGAAAAAUCUCUCCCUGCCAAGGUGGAACAGAUCCUCCGCGUAGACAUGACUGCACAGCAGAAACAAUUCUACAAGUUUAUUUUAACGAGGAAUUACAAAGCCCUUUCCAAAGGCACCCGAGGCAGCUCCUCUGGCUUCCUGAACAUCGUUAUGGAGCUUAAAAAGUGCUGCAACCACAGUUUCCUCAUUAGACAGCCUGAAGAUGUAGAAAAUGAAACACAACAGGAACACCUGCAGAGUCUGGUGAGGGGCAGUGGGAAGCUGGUGCUGCUGGACAAACUGCUGACCAGACUCCGAGAAAGAGGCAACCGCGUCCUGAUCUUCUCCCAGAUGGUCCGGAUGUUGGACAUCCUAGCUGAAUACCUUGCGAAGAAUCGCUACCCAUUCCAGCGGUUGGAUGGUUCCAUAAAGGGAGAAAUCCGAAAGCAAGCACUCGACCACUUCAAUGCAGAAGGCUCAGAGGACUUCUGCUUCCUGUUGUCCACCAGAGCUGGAGGUUUAGGGAUAAACCUGGCCUCAGCAGACACUGUAGUCAUCUUCGACUCUGACUGGAACCCUCAAAACGACCUGCAGGCACAAGCCAGGGCGCACAGGAUCGGCCAGAAGAAACAGGUGAAUAUUUAUCGACUGGUCACCAAAGGAACCGUGGAGGAGGACAUCAUUGAGAGGGCAAAGAAGAAGAUGGUUUUGGACCAUCUUGUCAUUCAGAGAAUGGACACCACUGGUCGAACUGUACUUGACAGUUCGACCAACUCAGGAAACACAAAUUCAAACCCAUUCAAUAAGGAAGAACUGACUGCCAUCCUCAAGUUCGGUGCAGAGGAGCUUUUCAAAGAGGCAGAGGGAGAGGAGUCAGAACCACAGGAGAUGGAUAUUGAUGAGAUCCUGAGGUUGGCUGAAACGAGAGAAAGUGACCAGGGCUCAAGUGCUACAGAUGAACUUCUAUCUCAGUUUAAGGUGGCCAAUUUCACCACUCAGGAAGAGAGCACUCCGGAGUUGAGUGAGGGGAAGUCCAUACGGGAAUGGGACGAUAUCAUCCCUGAAGAGCAGCGACGCAAGAUUGAGGAGGAGGAGAAGCAGCGGGAGAUGGAGGACAUCUUCAUGCUGCCCAGGAGCAGGAGCUCUAACAAGAGGGCUCAGGCCAAUGACAGUGAUAGUGAUGUGGGCUCCAAGCUGAAGAACCGCUCCUCGGGCUCUGAGAGCGAGACUGAUGAUAGUGAUGACGACAAGAAGCCAAAGAAGAGGGGCAGACCCAGAGCCCGCAAAAACAAUGUGGAGGGUUUCACUGACGCAGAGAUACGCAGGUUCAUUAAGGCAUACAAGAAAUUUGGAUGUCCACUUGAGAGGUUGGAGGCCAUCGCCCGAGACUCGGAGUUGGUUGACAAAUCCAUAGCAGACCUGAAGAGACUUGGUGAACUGAUUCAUAACAGUUGUGUGACUGCUGUGCAGGAGCACGAGGAACACCUCAAAGAGAACCCAGUUGAAGCCAAAGGUCCUGGGAAACGGCGAGGAAUCAACAUCAAAAUCUCCGGAGUGCAGGUCAAUGCCAAGUCCAUCAUCCAGCACGAGGAAGAGUUCGAACCUCUGCACAAAGGAGUGCCCUCCAACCCUGCUGAGAGAAAUAAGUUCAAACUGACAUGCAGAGUAAAGGUAGCCCACUUUGAUGUAGACUGGGAACUGCAGGAUGACAUUCAGCUCUUGCUUGGUAUCUACGAGCACGGCUUUGGCAACUGGGAUCUGAUCAAGACGGAUCCUGACCUCAAACUCGCUGAUAAGAUUCUCCCUGACGAUCCGAGCAAGAAGCCUCAGGGCAAGCAGUUGCAGGCGAGAGCCGAGUAUCUCCUCAAGCUGCUGAAAAAAGAACAAGACAGCACAGACUCCAAAACAGGGGAGGAGGUCAAAGUGAGGAAGAGGAAGCCUCGGGUGAAAAAGGAGAACAAGAUUCUCAAGGAUGAGCAAGGCAACGACAUCUCCUCCCCACGCCUGUCCGACAACCCAUCGGAGGAGGGCGAAGUCAAGGACGACGGAACAGAGAAGUCCCCCGCCAAGAAAAGACAAAAGAAAAAGGAUAACAAAGAGAACAAAGAAAAACAGGGAACUCCUAAAAAGGACAAGGACGGGGACAAAGAUAAAAAGGGUACCAAACCCAGAAAAGAAAAGGCUAAAGGAGGCAAAGGGAAGAAGACUCAAGGUCCAGUCCACAUUACGGCUGGGUCUGAGCCCGUCCCCAUUGAAGGAAAGGAGGAUGAUGAACUCGACCAGGAGACUUUCAGUAUUUGUAAGGAGCGCAUGAGGCCGGUGAAAAAGGCCCUAAAGCAGUUGGAUAAACCAGACGAGGGUCUAUCCGACCAGGAGCAGCUCCAGCACACUCGCACGUGCCUACUGAAGAUUGGAGACCGAAUCACAGAGUGCCUUAAAGCCUACAGCGACCCAGAACAUGUCAAAAUAUGGCGAAGAAACCUCUGGAUAUUUGUGUCUAAGUUUACAGAGUUCGGUGCAAGGAAGCUUCACAAGCUGUACAAAAUGGCUCAGAAGAAGCGAUCCCACGAGGAAGAGAAGGAACAGAAGAAGAAGGAGGAUCCUACAGGGAGGGUCAAAAGUUUCAGACCGGAGCCGUCUGGUUCCAGUCGAGACUCCACGGGUACUCAGCCAUCGGCCAAAUCUGCUUCACACUCGAGUCAGCCAGGCACACACGGACACCACAGAGAACCGUACAACGUGGCUAAUAAGCGCCACUUUGGCAAUGAUGAUAGGGGAGACUGGCAGAGGGACCGUAAAUACAACUACCCAGGUAACAGCAACCAGUCAUGGCAGGGAGACAGACAUCAUCCCUAUGAGCCACAUCGCUACAAGGAUCACUAUGGUGAUCGACGUUCACAUGGAGACUCGUACCGCAGCUCAGGCAGUUACCGCAACAACAGCUCCCCUCGAAAAAGGCCAUAUGACCAGUACAGCAACGACCGGGACCACAGGGGUCACAGACCUUAUUACGACAGGCAUCCAGACCCCAAAAGAAGACGCAGCGAUGAAUUCCGUCCCAACUACCACCAGGGAAGAGAUGGCCCUCUGCAGGACUUCAGGAGGAUGCCAGAGCACAGGCCAGCAGGUCCACCCGGGCCAGAGCACUAUAGCAGGCCCUUCCACCCUGACAAACCUCCACCGCUGCUGGACCCUCGCUCCCCGCAGGCUCAGAAGUCUCCCCAGGACUCCCGCUCUCCGCCCGAGCGCCCCGUAGAGCCAAACACUGCAGCAGAUCCGAACUGGAACAACAGGAAAACAUAAAGUGUGCCAGUGCUGGCUGCGAAACUGAUCUGUGUGUUAUUGUCCAGGGUCAAAGCCACAUGCUGCUGAUGGACAAGUCUGGACUCACCAAUCAUAAGCUCACAGUUGGAAAGGGAAUGAACUUUGUACCCUCUUUACCAGCAAAACUGUUCUGCUCUUUUCCUCCAGCGACUCUGGCUGUGAAUGAUUUGUGCCCUGAAGGAAGAAGUUUGUUUCCCCCGUCAUCUUCACGAUGAAAAAGAAAAAACUAAAACAAGCAUCUUUAUUUAAAUGUAUUGACUCGAUCAGUCAACCAUGACUAAGACUGAGUGGAACGCUGAUGGAUGCUUAGUCCCAUGGACUAUUAGCUAAGGAGAAUUUAGGAUACAUGAACUGCUGACUGAUCUCAAUCCUAAAAGUGCCUGAAGGUUUUGGCCUUUUCGAAUGGUAAAUGUAUGGGAUUUUUUCCCAAAGGACGUAUGACAUGGACAUUAUUUUUUUUGUGUUUAGCUUUAAGUCUUGCAAAUGAUGUCAUUUAGAAGAUGAUUCAGUACAAAAUGUGCAAUGUGUUAUCAUCUGCACCUUCGAAAUGUUAAUCCUGAACAUGUAGCUGAGUAUCACCGUGUGGGUUAAAAUGGUGGUGUGAUGGGACCGCCUAAUUCUUUUUGAAAUUUGAAUGAUCAUUGAAGCCAGUAUGCUUUCUCUAAAGCACUCAACAACAACAAAAAAAAGUGUGAACCUGUUUUAGCAAACUCAUAUUUCUCACAUGUACAAAUAAUCAUUAUUUCUCUACUUGUGUAGCUAUAUAAAUCAUUGCAAUCCUCUGCUUUGUUCACUUUAACCACUUUCCUCUUGGUAGGCCCAAUGAAUUGGAAGCUUUGUAAGCAGUAUUUAUUGCAACAACUUGUGCAAAGGUUCAUAACACUAUGUCUUAGAGCUAUCCUUUAUUUUUGCCUGUCAGUAUUAUGAUGGUUAAGAAUGGUACUUCCGCAUAGUUUAGUCAUUUCACCCAUCUUUCCACCAACUGUAUGUAAGUACUCAAUUAUGUCUGAAAAAUACUAUGUGAUAAAAACAUUUUCCUGUCGUAAUCUAUGGUUUGUUGCUGGUAGGUUAAAAGGUUACCAGGAAGUUGCUGAUGACAUUUCAUUAUGUUUAUUACCUUUGGUCACUAUUUUCCUGUGCCAAAUCUGGUCCUGCUCUGACCCUCAAUUGUUUUUUUUAAUGCUUCUCCAUUUGUGCCUUAUUUAUGUGUGUGUUAUCAUACUGUAUAUUGGUCCAUGGGCAGUACUGGGGUCUAACACAGGCAGGAUGUGAAGUAUUAAAGUCACAUUUUAAGGAAAUCGCUCUGAAUGACUAAAUAAUUCAGUGAGAACAGGUGAAGGGACCAUGUAUUCUGGUAAUCAUCGUGUAGUUUCCAAAAGAGUUGAUGAUUUGAGGGGAAGAUAUAAACAUUGAUAUACAGAAAUCAUGUGUGUUUCGUCCAGGGCACUUAAUCGACUUGUUACAGUGAACAGCCAGCACCUCUUUUCUUCCUCGUUAAGCAAGCUACAGUUCCUGUAUCAUAUGUUCUUUAAGAAAGUCAAAAUAAUUUAUAUUUGUGACAAAACCACUCUUCAUGAGAAAUGUGCUGUACAUAUGUUUGGACAUAUGUAAUAAACUUUGUUACACAAUG